CUGAUGCUCUAGUGACUUACUUUAUUCAAGCGUGCUCAGUUAUUAUUUAUCCUUAAUUGUGAUCCAAGCAAUUGUUGAGCACAUUUAGCUAUACGUAAUUAUUUCAAUUUUAUUAGCAUUUAUUUCAUCCAUUUUUCUAUUCUCACUUCAAUUGAUCAAUUACCGGUCUCUUUGUAAAAAGGCAGCUUUCAGCUCAUUUGGUUGUUUCUUUUGUUAAAUGGUUACCAAUCUUUUUUCCUGAACUCAUCAUCACUUUUGCAAUCCAAUAAUGGAGUUUUACGAACAUUUAUCUCAAUUUGUUCCCUCUGUGACACAGAACGAAGUCUUGUUUUCAAGUCAAAAAUUAAUCGACGUGGAAACGUCAAUACUAUUGCCAUCAAUUUCCCCAGUGAGUAUUGAUACAGUCUUCAGCUUGGAUAACGCUCAAACACCUGUAAACCAAAAAUCGAAUGAAAUGGAAAGUUUUUCUCUCAAGAAAGAAAGAAUGCUCGAGCAUGGCCAAAUAAAGAUAUUUACUCGUGCAAUCGAUUCUUAUUACAACUCAAAUUUGGAUCCAGAUCCACCUUCAUUGAACUCUUCGACUUUAAAUGAAAUGUUGAUGCCAACUGUUGCUUGCAACCGCCCAAUUGAUGAUUCUAACUCAACUGUAACAAAAAAUAUUGAAAGCUCAUCGCCAACAGUGUCAUUAACAAGGCAAUAUUUAAUCUCACCAGAAAACCGAGUUACAAGAAUUUCCGAUAAAUGUAAGCCAAGGGAUCAAGAGAAUUGCCUGAAGAACAAGAUUUGGAAUUCUAAUGUAGGGAAAAAGAUAUUGGCAGUUAACUUUUCACCAAUGAGUAUAAAAUCAGAAUUUUUAUCAAAGGAAACUGCGUUGGAUGGAUUUGAAUCAUUUGCUUUGCAAGAAGCGGUCUCUGCUUUACACGAAAUUGUCAGAUUGAAAAGAGCCCAAGGAGAAGGAGAUUUGAAUGAAAGCAGAGCUAACUUAUACGCUGAUCCACUUCCCGUUGAACUUGUACGUUCUUGUCAAAAAUCUCGAGCAUUUAGGAAAUUGACUUUACAUGAUAAAAUUAUAUUGCUAAAAGAUGCAUUCUUGGAUCUCAAUGCAAUGAAAAAUGUAACUACCUAUGAUGCUACAAUCGACGGUUGGCUUUUUGGCGGUAAAAUAUGCUCAAGAAAACUAAUGUACACGGCAAAUCCAAAUUUGCUUAAAAAAGCCGUCUAUUUUAUGGAUAGUUUUCCAGUUCGUUUUAAAAGUGACUUUAACGUUGUAGCAUUACUUUUUUUGGUCAUCAUCUUUAACGCUGAUCUGCCCAGACUGAGGUUCAAAAAUACAAUCAAAUCGGAGCAGUACGUUUACAUUUAUUUAUUGCAGAGAUAUUUGAUUUCGAGUGUUCAGUCGCAUUGUGAAGCUUUGGAAUACUUUUACCAGCUGAUGACUAUAGUUGAAGAGAUUAAAGUGCUGAAGAGAGCAACUGAGCAAGACUUCGACAGCAUCCGAUCUGACGGCUCGGAUUGCCUCAAAAACCGAGUUGUUAGACUUAUUGAGCUUGAAAGGUUUGUAUUCCAAAGGUUUUAAACGCAAAUUCAAAUUAAUCAAAUAAUUGUUCAUUUAUUUCAGCAUUCGAUGGUAAAUUGAAGCUCGUUCAUUUCGGUUCAAUCCAUUUUAUAGCAUUCAGUCGUUUCCACAAUAUAAUAAAUUUUAGUUAAGAUUCAGAUUGUCACACUGGAUUCUGACUAACUCUGGUUACUAUCGUUUGAAGACUCAAUAGAUCAGAGAAUUUCCAAAAGUGGAAGAACCAUGAAUAUUUCAAGCAAAUUUAUGUAUACAUGAAUGUAUUACAUUUGAGUUCAACAGUUAAAGUAGCUUCCAUUAGC